AAUAUUCCGAAUGUAUCUUUACAAAAACGAAAAUAAAAUAAUAAAUUUGUUAAGAUUCGGCUUCGGAGAAGAGCAAUAAAACAACCCCAGCCAAACAAUGUUCAUCUUUCCCACAAUUCCAGUAGCUCGGAAACCCAAAUAAAGACCCCAGUUGCCACCUUAACUCGAACCCUAACCCUAGCUGACAAAACAAUCCCACAAACCCCCAAAACGCAAAAAAAAAAAAAAAAAAAAAAAAAAAAAAAAAAAAUGGCGUCGCCGGGAAAGCGAUGUCUCUACGAGGUCCUAGGGCUCGGCCGUGACUGUACCGCCGACGAGAUCCGGUCGGCCUACAGGAAGCUCGCCCUCCAGCGCCACCCCGACAAGCUCGUCCAGUCCGGCGUCUCCGAAGCUGACGCCACCGCCUCCUUCCAGGAACUCGUCAACGCCUACGAGGUCCUCUCCGACCCUCGCGAACGUGCUUGGUACGAUUCGCACCGUUCCCAGAUCCUCUUCUCCGGUCCCACCCCAUCCGGUUCCUCCACUGUCCCCGACCUCUUCUCCUUCUUCUCCAACUCCGUCUUCUCAGGCUACUCCGACACCGCCAAGGGCUUCUACAAAGUCUACGCGGACGUCUUCGACAGAAUAUACUCGAACGAGUUGAAUUUCUCCAAGAAAUUAGGGUUAGGGUUGGGAGCGGUGAAGGGGGCUCCGGUGAUGGGUAAUUUGCAGAGUCCGUACACGCAGGUGACUGCGUUUUACAACUAUUGGUUAGGGUUUGUGACGGUGAUGGAUUUUUGUUGGGUGGACCAGUACGAUGCGAUGGCGGGGCCAAACCGGAAGUCGAGGAGGGUGAUGGAGGAUGAGAAUAAGAAGCUGAGGAAGAAGGCGAGGAGGGACUACAACGAUACGGUGAGAGGGUUGGCGGAGUUUGUGAAGAAGAGGGACAAGAGGGUGAUUGAUAUGCAGGUGAAGAGGAGUGAGGAGAUGGAGAGGAAGAGGAUGGAGGAGAGAGAGAAGAGGAGGCAAUUGGAGAGAGAGAAGAAGGAGAGGGCGAAGGCGUAUGAGGAGCCAGAAUGGAGCAAGGUGGAGGAGGGGGAUGAGGAGGUUGAGGAUGGUGGUGAAAUUGAGGAUGAGAUUCAUGAGAAGAAGAAGGAGUUGUAUUGUGUGGUUUGUGGAAAGAAGUUUAAGAGUGAGAAGCAGUGGAAAAAUCAUGAGCAGUCGAAGAAGCAUAAGGAGAAGGUGGCAGAGUUAAAGGAAGCCUUUGGUGAUGAAGAGAGUGAAGAGGAGGUGCUGAGCGGAGAUGGGAAUUUAGGUAGUGGUGAUGGGAAUGGUCCUGUGGUGGAUAAUGAUGAGGUUGAUGAGUUAAGAGAGCAGUUUAAAGAUAGUUUUGGGGUUCAAGAACGAAAAAGUGGUGGUGGUGAUAAUGAUGAUGAUGAAGCUCGAUCUAGAGACGAGGAGGAGUUCCUUGAUGUUGAUAAUAAUAGUGGUGGUUUGAAAGGUGUUGGUGAGUUUUUUGGAUCUGGUGAUGAUGAAGUGGAUAUUCUUGAAACAAUGGUGUCUGGGCACAAGAGUAGGAAAAAUGUAGCUUCAGUGCAUCAAUCCAAGGCUAAGAAUUCGUCGACUAAAGCUCAUGUUGAAAGUGACAGUGAUGAGAUGGACUUCGAGUAUAAUAAACGGAAGAGUACUAGAAGGAAUAGGGGAGCUAGGAGAGGAAGGGGUAAAAGUACUGAUGAAGAAGCUGUGAGAGCUGAGACAGCUGAAAUUAAUAAUCUUGGUGAAGAAAGUAAUGGUCUUGAUGAUGUUUCGCUUGUGGAAGAGUCAUCUUCCCAGUCUUUUUCAGAAAAUAUUAAUGGUAAAGGAGAUAAUCAUUUAGAAAGAAAUGAUGAGGUCCCAAAACAAUUUGUUGGUAAGAAAGGUGUUGCAAAGAAAGAUCCAAACACCAAAUUGAAGAAUCCAUCCAAAGGAAGGAAACAGAAGGCAACAUCAAAAUUUUCUGGCACUCUUUGUGAGACAUGCGGAGAGGACUUUGAGUCAAGGAAUAAACUACAUAAGCAUUUGGGUGACACGGGUCAUGCAAUGCUGAAAUCACAAUGACUUUAUUGCUUCAGAUUUACAAAAGGUAAGGAAAUUUGCAGCCUUUGAAUUCCAUUCCUAAAGUUGAUCAUCGUUGAUUGUUUUCUCAAUUUUUUUUUCGUAAAUCAAUUUUGUUAACAUUAUAUAAGUAGUAGUUAUCUUGGAUGUAAAGUAGGCUUCUGCUUUGACAGAUGAGGAGAGGAAGAAGUUAAAAGUUCCUGUUAUGAAUUGUCAUUUGUUGUAUGUUGAAUGAAUUUGAAUGAUGAAAUUAAUUUCAAAUAAAAAGGCAUUCUUAUCAAA